CGUAGUGUGAAUGGGUCGAACCCUAGGUCUGGUCUUCGUUUUACGGGCGAAGGCCAAAGACUUCCUCUCUCCAUGCUCACUCACAACCCGGAGUCCGAUUAGGGUUUCAGGGUUUCUUCCAUGAAUGAGAAAAUGAUGCACGGAGCUAUGGAGCGGACAGGAUAGGAUUUGGGUCAUGUUUUUUUUCAUCUGAAGUUGUUGUUGUUGUUGUUGUUGCAGCGGUAGCUCGGUGUGGCGGUGUCGAAGUUUACAGUGGAAUGGGGCAGAAAAGCAAGCCCAAUCUGCCACCGGCGAAGGGAAAGCCUGCGCCGAAGGAGAAAGAGCAGGUUGUGGAACCGACAGGGCCAACUGUGGAGGAUCUGUUUGCGACUUUGGACAAGGCCGUGAAGGCCGAUGAUUUCAGGAACAUUGUGAAAGUGUCGGACCAGAUUCUGGCGAAGGAGCCUAAUUGUGUGGAGGCGAAACAUUGCAAGGUGGUCGCUCUGAUUCAGGAAAAUGAGAUUUCGCAAGCCCUGCAGGUGAUCGAGUCGACCAGAAUUGCUGGUCUGGACCUUACCUUCCAGAAGGCGUAUUGCUUGUACCGGAUUGGGAGGCUGCCUGCGGCUUUGAUAGCUCUCAAGGGGUUAGAGAGGAACGUGAACGUUUUACAGUUGGAAGCUCAAAUUCUGUACAGGAACGGAGAUUGGGAAGAAUGCAUCAGUAGCUAUGAGACUUUGUUCAAACAACACAAAGUGGUUGCGAACGAUCUCAAGACCAACAUUGUGGCUGCUUACGUUGUGGGAGGACGGGCAGCCGAGGUUCCAUCUCUUAUGGAAACCCUCAAAGUUCAUCCUCGCUCUGGAUUUGAGAUUGCUCACAAUGCUGCCUGCGCACUUGUCGAGAAGGGAGAGUUCGCAAAAGCUGAGGAGCUUCUUAUGAUGGCUCAUCGUAUAGGACAGGAGGCUUUGAUAGAGGAGGAUGUACCAGAAGAGGAUAUUGAAGAUGAUCUUGCUCCCAUCUCUGUGCAGCUUGCUUAUGUGCAACAGAUGCUAGGCCGCUUUGAGGAGGCAAUAGGGAGCUACAAUGCGAUAUUGAAGCGGAAGCCUGCGGAUGCUCCGUCUCUUGCAGUCGCUACUAACAAUUUGAUAGCUCUCAAAGGUUCCCGGGAUCUUUUCGAUUCUUUGAAGAAAACGGAGAAGCUGUUGGAGAAGAAAGAUGCAAGCCAGAAGCUUCAACUUGCUGAAAAUUUGGAGAAUAGGCUCACCAUGCGUCAAAAAGAAGCCCUUUGCUUCAAUCGGUGCUUGUUGCUAUUGCAUUCGAAUAAGCUAGAUCAAGCACGGGAAUUUACCUCAUCAUUGUCGAAGACAUUUCCAGAUAACCCUAUUCCAGCUAUAUUAUCUGCUUCUUUGCUUUGGAAGGAAAACAAAGCUCAGAAAGCAGAUGAGUUGUUGGCAGAUUUUGCCGAAAAGCACGAAGAUGUCGGAAAAGAUGUCCACUUUGUUCGAGCUCAAGCUGCUGCAGCAGCUGGAAACUAUUUGCUAGCUGCAAAAUGUUUGGAGCAGAUUACGUCUGCACGGAAUAAACCUGGUAUGAUAGCUACUUUAGUUGCCUUGAAAAGUAAGGGAGGAAUAGUGAAGGAAGCAGAGACAGUGUUGGAUGAAGCAAUUCAGUAUUGGGACUCCUAUAUGGGUGAUGAAGACCAGACUUCCGUUUUGGAAAGUAUCCUUCAAGAGGCUGCAGCAUUCAAACUAAAGCACAACAAAAUGGAAGCAGCGGCUAAGGUCUAUGAACGACUUAUGAAAAGUUCAUCUCCUGUGGUCAAAUCCGAAGCAUUGCACGGGCUAGUGGCAAGCUACGCUUACACUAACCCUGACAAGGCUGCUGAGUACGAGAAACAGUUACCACCCUUGAGGGGUGUAUCAGGUUUGGAUGUGGAAGCGUUGGAGAAGGUGCCUCCUUGGUUACUCAAUGUCAAGAGAGGGCGUGCAGCGGAAGAAGCUGGAGAGAAGAAAGAGCAUAGGGCUGAGAAUGACAAGCCUAAGAAGAAGCGCAAGAGGAAACCUUUGUAUCCCAAGGGCUUUGAUCCUGCAAACCCAGGACCUCCGCCCGAUCCUGAAAGAUGGUUACCGAGGAAGGAGAGGUCGUCUUAUCGACCGAAGAAAGGUAAAAGAAACCAGGCUCCAAUUAGGGGUUCUCAAGGAUCAGUUGCUAGAGAGAAGUCUGGUGAUAUGAGUGCUGCUGCUUCAAAUGGACCUGGCCCAGACUCAGGUAAGUCUGUAGGUGGGAAGGCUAGUGCACCUGAGAUCCCGAAACCCACUCCUCCAGCGCACAGAGGAAAGAAAAAAGGCCGCCAUUAGUAGAACACCAGUGUAGCUUUUAAUUCAGAAUUGUUUUCCCUUUUCAGCUGUAUAUGGUAACAUCCAGCAUCAGCCUACAUCGAUGCCAACCUACCUUUUUGUACUCGUUUUGGGAACCUUACGAUUCCCAGGAUUUGAAUUAGCCUUGUGUUCGAUAACAUGUAUGGAGUAGGCGUGGCUACUACUGUUAAGACUUAGUCAUCUUAGCUGAGGUCUGAGUCGUGAGGCACGAAUUUUGUAGUCGAGGUCAGUGGUGUUUUUGUUGUCACAUUAUUUUAAAAAUUGUUUUAGUUGCUCCGACGCAUCCAAGUU